AUGUGGCCACCAUCAGCGGAAACCACUUUCCAUAGGUUGAACCGGAAGCUGAAUCAGCCCUUCGCAAUGGCGACCCUGUCCAUAUUACCCAUUGGCGUCUCUGAUUGCUGCUUUGAGAGUAUUCUUGAUGUUCAUAAUUCUAUCUAUCUAUCUAUCUAUCUAUCUAUCUAUCUAUCUAUCUAUCUAUGUUUAUCAAGUUCUGUCUAUUCAUAUCCAUUUACCUAUCUUUAUUCAUAUCCUUUUAUCUAUCUAUUAUAUAUUCAUUAUCUAUCUAUCUAUCUAUCUAUCUAUCUGUCAGUAUAUUCAUUAUCUAUCUAUCUAUUUAUCUAUCUGUAUAUUCAUUAUCUAUCUAUCUAUCAAUCAGUAUAUUCAUUAUCUGUCUAUCUAUAUAUCUAUUUAUCUAUCAGUAUAUUCAUUAUCUAUCUAUCUAUCUAUCUAUCUGUAUAUUCAUUAUCUAUCUAUCUAUCUAUAUAUCUAUUUAUCUAUCAGUAUAUUCAUUAUCUAUCUAUCUAUUUAUCAGUAUAUUUAUUAUCUAUCUAUCGAUCAGUAUAUUUAUUAUCUAUCUAUCUAUCUAUCUAUCUAUCUAUCUAUCUAUCUAUAUUCAUUAUCUAUCUAUCUAUCGAUGUUUAUAAUCUAUGUUCGUUAUCUAUGUUCAUAAUCUAUCUAUCUAUCUAUCUAUCAGUAUGUUCAUAA